AUGCUCAAUAAUCAAGGCGUUGACUUCCUGCGUAAAGCGGGUAGGCAAUAUUUUGAACAAAACAAUAAAGAAUUUGCAUAUGUUGUUCAAGGCACAGCAGUUUUGCAAUUUUCUCUUCUCAAGAUGCCUUUAAAGUAG